AUGGCACCAACUAAGCCUCUCACUCUACUCGGUCUCGCGACUCUUCUAUUACAAGUCAGCGGUUAUAAACUAACCGCCUAUAAGGAGAAGGGCUGCAAAGGUGAAGUCCAGCAGACAAUCGAGGAUACCAAAUAUGGCGAUUACUGCCAAUAUUUCAAAGAUAAGGCUGCCUCUAUCAAGGUAGAGGGUUCUAGCAAGGACGAGCAAUGGGUCUUUUUCAACAACUGGUGCGGUAAAGAUGCCCAGGUUGGCUCCUUCUUAGGAGACGGCUGCAUGACCAUGGGCAACACCAAGCUCAAGGCCGUAAGCAACAUCCUACCAGAAGGUAGUUCUAAGAAGAAACGGGCCUCGGCUGGCACCGUAAGAACUUGGAAGAACACAGACUGCUCUGGAAGCUCGACGAAUGAAAUGGAAUUCGUCGGUGAGAAUCUGCCGGUCACUCUCAACAGCGUCGAUUCGAUUAAGGUGAGCGAUGUCCCCAAGGCCGACAUCGCCUUCGCCUGCAGCGACUCAGACUGCCACGUCGAAAACCAAGUAGCCACGCUUGAGAACGGCAAGUGUGUCAACGUAAAAGGCAAGAAUGUCAAGUCAGCGAUGGCCAUCGGUGUGCCCACUCCCCCUAAGAGACGAGACGAGACUGCUGAGCGCCGCCACACACGUAGUCUCAUCUCCGAGGCGCGCGCACUCGAUGCACUAAAGCGGGACAACGGGAUCGAAUGUGACGCUAGCAACGGGCCCGAUUACAAGGACGCGCUCAAGGUUGGAGACGACUGGCAAGGCAAAAAUGGAUUAGCAUGCUGCUGUCACGUUCCUGGAGGUAACAACUCGAAGACUUCUGGCUCAGCUAAGGCAUCUAUCAAUGAUAACAUUCGGUGCCCUGCGGAUCCAUCUGGCAUGCCUCCUCCACCCACACAAUGCCCCCUGAACUGCAAUUCGAUGAGGAGCUACGUCUACGCUAUUGCGACUCAGUGCAAGAAUAAAGACGGCAAGACAGGUGGAACCGCAACUUUGAAUGGUGAUCAGAAGAUCACGCUGGGUCAUAGCUAG